GGGCCCAUGACAGUCUGGACUCUGGAUGUCCUGACUUGCCUUCAAAAGGAGCUGCAACAGGCAAGCGCUGAGAUCACACCUGCUUCAUACCAUUCAGUGCGUCAGCAGUCCACAUCUGGAGAACAAGCUCGAGAUCUGCAAUGCUCUCCAAGCACUUAUCGCUGAUAGCGUUACUCUCUCCUGUCUGCUGCGAGACAAUAGUUGGAUCCCUCUUCUCUUUCAAGUUUAAAACAACAGACCUCUUGUAUUGCCUGAAUGACCCAAAAGCAAAAUUGCUUGACUUUGGAGUCAAUGACAAGCUCGGGUAUCUCACCAGCGAACAGCUGGCGCAGCUGGCACUCUACACGGACCACUCCUGGAAGAUUGACAAAGACAAGCUGCCGAAUGAUCGGAAGCAAGCUGUUCAAGAAGUUUUCCGAAAGCGCUCGGGCAAGUUUUUGCCAGCCGACCAGCAAGUGUUUCUUGCAUGUCCCACAACCGCGAACACAGAAGCGUCCAAUGAAUAUUUGAGUGGCUCCGGGAUGGGUGUACGAUUGAAAAGGCUGCAGGCUCACUGUGUGCAAGCUAGAGAAGAGACAUCCGAUAAAGGCAAGAUCUACUUCGAGUGCUUUCAAUGGAUUUGACAUCGUAGCCCAUGAUGCAGUGUCAAUGCAUAGCUCUAGAUUUGCAUACUUGAUGAACAGAGCUGCACUGUUUUCCAAGGCGUUUUUCCUACAGCAAUAGUCCACGGGCGCCAGGAUGUCCCGGAGUAGGCUGCCACCCUCCUGCCCUGCGAACACCUAGCACCCCUUUUGCAAGGGUUUCCACAACUAAGACCUUGUAAAUGCUUAAGCUUGACCUCGAAACGAC